AUGCUCUCCGCUCCACUACAUUGCUCCAUCUGCGCUAUCCCAUGCCUUCUUCCCCGCAACGAGCUCCCCCCUCCUAAAGCCUCUUUCCUCGCAGACUCUCUCGUUUCUCCUAGCAAAUCGUCUGGCGUAGGCGCGACGUGUUGGUUGAACGAAUGGUACUGCCUCCGCGUUUCUUCAGGUAUCGUCCGUCCCGAACCCUUCCUCCCUCCCACUCCGCCAAUUUCACCUACAUCCAAAGCUUGCCCCUCUCCCGGCCAGACCGGAGCCAAGACAAAGCGCUGCGUACCGAUCCAUGCAUACUGCCUCCUCGCAAUUCUCUCCACUAUCCGCCAGUCACAGUUCAACAACGCGCAGACGCACGAGGAGAAGAUGAUGAUUGAGUGGAGUUUGCCGAGAUGGAGUGGGUUUGGGCCUUGGGUGAGGAAAGGCGAUGAGGAGGGUGAAGGAGCGGGAGGGGGGUUGAGCUUGGGGCAUUGGAGAGGGCUGGUCAGUCAGAGGGAGAGGUGGGAGAUGGAGGGGAAGCAUUAUCUGGAUAGUGAUUUGUUAUCCCCAUUCGACGUCGGCGAACCAUCUUCGACAGACCCUCUCCCAUACUUCCGCCCCCUCCAGACCUCCAUCCUAACAACCCUCCCUUACACUAUCAUCUACUCAAUCUUCCUCUCCUCUCUCGAGAAUCCCGACCUCCCAGACGUGUCCCAACUCACCUCUUCACCUACCAAGACCUUGCCCAAACUACUCAACCCAUCCGCCAUCAACGACUUUUUAUCCCUCGCUCGCACAUGCUCAGAUCUGUGGCAUUACCCUCUAUCGUCGAAUAUCUGGGCUCUCUUGGUACUCGAUGAUGUUAGGAGGUGGAAAGUGACGACCCUGUCCCGCUGGCGCGCUAACCCUUCUGGUGUCGGGUCGGCUCUUCACCUCUCUGACGCCCUUGACGCUUCGUUCGUCGAUCCCAUCAUUAAAUCUCUUGGGGCCAGCCGAGAGGAGGGGGCAGAGUGGAAAGCGAAAGAUGUAUGGUCAUGGUGGAAGUUUGGAAACGGGUGGAAGAGCCGGAGGAGAGUUUGGUAUUGUGUUGUCCAUGGCUGUGCGACGGCGAGAGACGCUGAUUGGUGGUAG